UGUCACUUGUCUGUUAGAUUUUCGAUUUUUUUUAUUUCUUUUACUUGUUAUUUAUAAUCAUUUUACUAUUUAAAUUUAAAACCAAGUAGUCCCUAUUUUUAUUUUACUAAACAACGAUAUAAUUAACAAAAUCGGGCAGUUAUAGAAACCAUUUUCAAAUGUUCUUAUACAUUUUGAGGAAAAAAAGAUCUAUUUGAAUCAAGGAACAUGUAGGGCUUGUAGCUUGUUACUCUAUAUUUUAUUACCAUUGAUUAAAGUAAAAAAGCAUAUUUUUGUAUGUUUCCAAUUUCCAAUAUUUGUAUUUAGUUUAUCUGUUGGCCAUGGAUUUUAAACUUGAACCUGAGGAAGCUUUUUUUGAAUGUAGUAAAGAAAGAGUGGAACUUAAGGAGGAGGAAAGUUUUCUUGAAUGUAGUGAAACAUAUGUAGGGGGUCAGUUAUACACUUCAACAAGUAAUAUUGAAGCUUGGAAGGAUGAACCAGAUGACAAAUCAGCCAUUAAAAUCAAAGCUGAAAUUAAAAAAGAAUUCGCUCAAGAUGUCCCAGGAUAUAUAGAAAGUCAGCCAGCUACAUCCCUUGAUCUUAGAGGCUUAAAGAAUGAACCAGAUGAAGAUAACUCGGGUUUUUCCCAGCCCAAAAUUGAACAUAUGAAGGUACAGACUGGAAAAGAAUUUUAUAAAUGUGAAAUUUGUUUUAAGCAGUUUUCUCAUGCAGUUCAUUUGAAAACGCAUUUGAAGAUGCACAAGGGAGAAAAAUCUUACCAGUGUGAAACUUGUUUAAAGCAAUUUAUUAGUAAUAGUGAGUUGAAAAGACAUUUAAGGGUGCAUACUGGAGAAAAACCUUAUAAGUGUGAAGUUUGUUCAAAACAGUUUUCUCAAGCAAUUAAUUUGAAAACACAUUUGAUGAUGCACAAGGAAGAAAAAUCUUACCAGUGUGAAACUUGUUUAAAGCAAUUUAUUAGGAAUUCUCAUUUGAAAAGACAUUUGAGAGUGCACACUGGAGAAAAGCCAUACAAGUGUGAAAUUUGUUUUAAGAAAUUUAUUGAUGCAAGUCAUUGGAAAAGACAUUUAAGAGUGCAUACUGGAGAAAAACCGCACAAGUGUGAAAUCUGUUUUAAACAAUUUAGUGAAACAGGUACUUUGAAAAAUCAUUUGAAAGUGCACACUGGCGUAAAACCUUACGAGUGUGACAUUUGUUUCAAGCAGUUCUCUCGAAUGGAUCGUGUGAAAUGUCAUUUGUUAACACACAAUGGAGAAAAACGUCACCAAUGUGAAACUUGUUUAAAGCAAUUUAUUACUACAAGUGAAUUGAAAAGACAUUUAACAGUGCAUACUGGAGCAAAACCUUACCAGUGUGAAAUAAGUUUUAAGCAGUUCUCUCAAGUGAAUCAUUUGAAAACACAUUUGAUGAGUCACAAAGGAGAAAAAUCUUACCAGUGUAAAACUUGCUUAAAGCAAUUUACUACACCAAGUAAUUUAAAAAGACAUUUGGAAAUUCACAGUAAAGAAAAACCAUACAAGUGUGAAAUUUGUUUUAAGAAAUUUAGUGAUGCGAGUAAUUGGAAAAGACAUUUAAGUGUGCAUACUGGAGAAAAACCGCAUAAGUGUGAAAUCUGUUUUAAACAAUUUAGUAAAAGAAGUACUUUGAAAAAUCAUUUAAGAGUGCACACUGGCGUAAAACCUUACGAGUGUGACAUUUGUUGCAAGCAGUUCUCUCGAAUGGAUCGUGUGAAACGUCAUUUGUUAACACACAAUGGAGAAAAACGUCACCAAUGUGAAACUUGUUUAAAGCAAUUUAUUACUACAAGUGAAUUGAAAAGACAUUUAACAGUGCAUACUGGAGCAAAACCUUAGUGUGAAAUCUGUUUCAAGCAAUUUAGUGAAGCAAGUACUUUGAAAAAUCAUUUGAAAGUGCACACUGGAGAAAAACUGCACAAGUGUAACAUUUGUUUUAAGCAAUUUAAUAUAGCAAAUAAUUUGAAAAAACAUUUAAGAGUGCAUACUGGAGAAAAACCGAACAAGUGUAAAAUUUGUUUUAAGCAAUUUAGUGAUACAAGUACGUAAGGUCUCGUUUUAUGCGGUAGAUACGUUCUGGAGAAAAGCGCAUAAAAAAAUCGCAUAAAAAAAACUUUACUUGUAUUGAAAAAGUAGGAAUACGUUCCGUAGUUUUCUAAAAUCACAUAAAAUAGUGGACGUUCGUCCACCAAAAAUUGUAGGUAUGUUGUACACUUAAUCUACGGGUCCAUAAAAAUAGACAUGUUUUGUCAAGGCCUCAACUAUGCGUGUGCAUUUUUUGAAAUUUUAAAAUUGAUUGCAUCACCCCUAAACAAAAAAUAAAAACGAAAAAUGAAGUUUUUGAUGGUGGGGGAAGGGAGAAGGGUGUGGUGGGUUAAAAUUACGCUGAGUCUUAUUUGUUAAUCAUCUAGAACUUAAAUAAAAUGAAAAAAUUGAAUUCUGGUAGUGAGGGAGGGUACCUACUUUUUAAUUUAUUUAUAUCGUUCAUAAGUGGAAAGUUUAGUGCGCCGUUGUCGAGGAAUGUGCCACUAAAAAGUGACGGCACAGUGCUCAUAGGUUUUCUUUGAGGUUCUGCUAUUUAAGUUAGACUUAUCGUGCCUAAAAUGAUUAGCAAAUUUCACAUAUAGCGGCUCUUAGUGAUCUAAUGAAAAAUAAAACUUUACACAACACUCACUUGAAACGUAUCAAUCCAAAAACCAAAAUGUGCUGCUUUUUAUACUGCAACUUGGAAUAUUAUUAUUACGGCAAAAUUGUAAACUCACAACUUAUAAAACGAAGCACCACUAAUUUUAAAACGAUUAUAGGUAAACAAUCCAAAUCUCGCAGUGAUGGAAUGGGAAUGAUGUACAAAUGUAAAUAAUAGGGGAUCAAUGUAAAUAGAGGGGAAUCCCCGAAUUGCAAACGCUCACUUUACUGACAUCUGGAUGUGAAUGGUUAAUAUUUAAUCAUAAUAUUUAAUCAUAGUAUUUAAUCAUAAUAGUUAAUAAUAAAAAUUUUUUGGGAUGAAUUUUCGGAUGAAAUACAAACCGCAUAAAAAGAGACCUUACUGUAAAUUGAAAACACAUUUGAUAGCGCACACUUGCGAAAUAAUUUCCUUACCAGUGGGAAAUUUGUUUUAAACAGUUCUCUCGAAUGAAUGUUUUGAAACAUCACUUGCUAAUACACAAUGGAGAAAGGCAAGUGUGAAACUUGUUUAAAGCAAUUUACUACUAGUAGUGAUUUAAAAAGACAUUUAAGAGUGCAUACUAGAGAAAAACCGCACAAGUGUGAAAUUUGUUUCAAGCAGUUUACUCAAGGAUAUUCCUUGAAAAUACAUUUGAGAAUGCACUCGGAGGAAAAUCCAUGCACACAGAAGUUUAAGUGUGAAAAUUGCUUAAAACAAUUUAUAAAAAAUAGACGGUUUUGUAAUUUAACAUGUUUUUUAACCGAAACAAAAGUUUGAGACACCUUGUAGGUAGAAAAAGGCACAAAGGUGAUUAUACCUCGAUAUUAUGUUGUAGUCUCAUAUCUUGCGAAUAUUUUAUUUUUUUAAUUUCUCUAAUAUCUUAAAUAACAAAGAAACUAGACGGUUUUACUCUUUAAUAUGUGUUUUAACUGACGACAUGCAUCACAUCACACAUGUGAAACAUUGAAACACAUAUUAAAGAGUAAUACCGUCUAGUUUCUUUGUUAUUAAAGAUAUCAGAGAAAUUAAAAAAAUAAAGUAUUCACAAAAUACGAGAAUACAACAUAAUAUCGAGGUAUACUCACCUUUGUGCCUUUUUCUCCCUACAAGGUUUCUCAAACUUUUGUUUCGGUUAAAGCACGUGUUAAAUUACAAAACCGUCUAUUUUUUUUGUUUCUAAAGAUAUCAGAGACAUUCAAACAACAACAUGUUUACAAAACAUAUGACUACAAUACGAUUCUGAUGUAUACUCACAUUUAUACCUCGUUCUCCCUGCAGGGUGUCUCAAACUUAACAUAAGAAAAACAUUUCUUUUCUUCCACCCGGUAUAAAUACAAAAAAUAAGUUUGAGUAAACCUUUUCACAAUUGUGUAAAUACUAAAGAAAAAUCUAAAAUAAAAAAAAUAACGGAAUCCGUCUGUUCGCGAAAAAAUCAGCAUAAUUUUCUAUAUCCCUAACUUUUGACGAGCAGUUUAUUAGGUAUAUGCCUAAAUUGAAAUAAAAUACAUAUACAUGUAUAUGUAGGUACCUAUUUAAUAUUCUUAAUAUUUAUAUACUUUAUGUAUUUAAAAUUAUAAUUAACAGUUAUAUUUGAACAGGUUUGAAAGGUAAUUCUUGGUAAGUUUUGCUUCAACACAUUUUGUUUGACAACAAUAAUUGUGUUUGUAUUGUGCAUGUUACCAUGGAAAUGGCGAUGAUAUGUAUGAAAACCGGCGAAGAACCAGUGAGAAAUUAUUUCUCACUGCAAUGGCUUACUUUUCUCACUGUGUGAAAAAUUUUUCAUUUUGACUGUAUGUAAGUAGUGAGAGAUGUUGCACAUUGUAUAGCAUCGAUAGAAAAAUUUAUUGUUUCUUAAAUGAGUUUCACAACAUGGUACAGUACAAACAAAGCACAAGAUACAUUAAAAUACUAAUUAUAAAAUUUCCUUAAUACAAAAAGCCAUCAAGCCGCAUAUUUUGAGAAAAACCAUAAUUAUUGUUAAGUUUUACGCUCGGUUUCAUAAUCAGUUAAAGUGGACUUUAAAUUUUAAGUUGGUAUCUUUAUCAAUGCAAUUCAUAUGGGUAAAUGUCAACUUUAAAGUGAACUUUAGUUAAUGUUCACUUUAAAUUGAUUAUGAAACCGGGCGUUAUUAAUUUUUUUAUAAUUAUAUUCUGGAAAAUCUCCCAAUUAUUCACAGAUCAGUUCUAAAGUCCUCUUAGUUCAUGUUGUGAAGCCGCUCCCGUCUGAGAAAAAUUCUGAUUCGGUUUCUUUCCAGAUUCCUAUUCAAAAAGGUCCCCUUUCAGUCGAGGAAAAGAAACUGAAAUAAUGGCAAAACCUCGCGAUUUUUUGUCCAGCAUCAAUUUGUACAAAAAUUUGGGAUUAGGCUCAUUUCACCCUCUAGUUCAUUUUCUAUAUUGGGUCGUUGUAAGCUUUUGGAUUUUUAAGGGUGAAAACUACCCCUAAUUCUGAAAAAUUAUAAAAUAACAUUUAAAACUUUAAUAUUGUCAACAUUUGGUUCUUAUUAGUUACAUAAUGAUUGUUUUAUGCUUUAAGAUAUACUAUCGUAAUAUUUCAUUUCAUGAAUUGGCCUGUCGGGAUUCUGACGUGUCGGUGUUUUGGCUGUCGGGAUUUUGGGCGGCACCGAUUAGAAAUAUGUAAUGAAAAUAAAAUACAAGUCUGAAAAUGUUUUAGAAUAGAUCCAAAGAAGGUCUUUACGAAGUGUUGGUAGUAAAUCAUCUUAUGGACAGUGAUGCCAAGUUCAAAGUUUUUUUUCGUUUUAUUCCGCAAUUGUUCCAUACUGCGCUAAAUUAUAUAGAGGAGGAAAUAACUUCGCAACCUACAAAUUUCAUUUCUUUGUAAUUUUUUAGUUUCUUUGCUUACAACGGAGGAGUUUCUCUAACUUUUUCUAUUAAUAUUUGACCUCUAGUGCAGAGAUCUCUAAUUUAUGAUAUUUCUUACCGAUGGACAUCUUUAAGACAGUUAAGGUAGUCUGUACUAACAAAAAAAAAUAAAAAUUUUAUUUAAAGGAAUACAAAUUUUCUGUAAAUAUGUGCAGUUGUUCAUGAACAAGCGUACACAUUUCCGAAAUUUCGUUACUAUCUUUUAUACAAACUGUUCUUAUUUAUUUCACAUAUGUAUUCGGUUUUAAUGGAAACGGUAACAUACUUUUUCGUGUUAUAUCGCUGAAAUAUUUCGGGCCGAUCUGGUCAGACAAGCCAGGUCUUUAAUACUAAAUAAAUUCCACAUAAUGAAUUCUAAUGGCCGUUUCAUGUGAUACCCACCCCAGUCACAUUUUUUGUUUUGCCCUGUAGUUUGUAACAUGAAAUGGGGACAAAAGCCUAAACGGUGGGCGGCAUUUAUGAAACGUGCCCCAUAAAAGCGCAUUUAAAUCAAAGCGAGCACGAAAGAACGAAGGAACGAAUUCGUAGGUGUUCGCUUGGUCAUUCGUUCGCUACAAAGUAGGGCCAUUUACAUUGAAGCGAACGUUCGCAUUCGUUGAUGAUCGGGAGUGCAUAUUGCCCGCAGAUGUUUUUAAGAUGGGCCAGUGCCAGUCACACAUUGUGUUUAAGUUUAUUUUCGUGUUUCUUGCUGGGUAAAUUUUAAUACAAUAAUAGCUUACAAAAAUAGGAGGUAGCAGGUAUUAUACGCUGUUUGAGGGAGCUUAGAAAAUAACAUAAAGAACCAGCUUUCUUAAAAUCCUUCCUCGAAAAAGUUACUUGCUCUUGAUAUUAUGACUAUAUUAUGUUCAAAUAAUAAAUUGUAAAAUUGGUGUAUCAAAAUAAACCUGCUUUUAAUUAAUUUUAGCAAUUAAUUUGAUUUGGUUACCUCAUUAAUGUUUAUAGGGUUGAAAUUUAUCCAAUAAAAACAUUAGGCUUUUAAAAGCAAACCACUUCGAACCCGCUUUUUGUCUUUCUCGUCUAAAUGAUGCCAGAAGCUAAUUCAUUUUUUAGUUCACGAGACAUCACAACCCAUUCCUAUAGAAAUGUUAAAACAAGCAUCAGUUUUUCUGUUUAUUAUUUUAUAUAGCUUCGAUUUUGGGUUUCAUAGGCAUAUUCCAUAUUGCAAAAUUAUGUUUUCACAACUACACAAUAAACAACCCUCUCAAACUAAUGUUUGUAAAUAAAUUAAAUCAGUACUUCUAAACGAAUUCGUUCGCUACCGUCUAUCCACUGUCCACAUUGAACAACGAUUUCCUUUGAUGAUUCGCUCACUUACCGACAUCGGUUGGAACAUGUGCGAAUGCGAACGAAUUCGUUCGUUCGUUUGUGUUCACUUUGAUUUAAAUGCGCCUUACGAGGGUGUUAUUUGUAUGACGUAACAAGGGGAUAGAAAUUGGACACGAAGGGGGUGUUACACAACGAAGAACAUGGCCACGGUCGCUCUAGUCUCAGAGAUCUAAUGGCGUGUGGAUUCUUAAGGGAUGUUAAUAGUAUAAUCUUAUUAGCUUAGAAAAAUUUAAAAAGAUAGAAAAAUCGAAAUAAGACGUAAAAUAAAAAAAAAAUAAAAUAUUGGGCGCCACUGGUUACCUUAAGGAACCGAAAUAAAACAAAAACCUAGUCACACAGAAAAUAUACAUAAUAUACAAAAUAUUAUAAUGUAACUUACCUUAUUUACUCUAUACUCAAUAUUCUAUAGUGUUCUUACGAUUCAAGAGAGAAGGAAAUAAAUAAUAAAUUUAUAUUUUGCAAAUCAAACAUUAUUUAUUAAAAAACAAAAAAAAUGAAUUUCUAAUCUCGGUGUUACCAAUGAUAGAAAUCGAGGUUACAAAAAAAUAAAAUAGAAAGUUUACAAAAUAUACCUUGUUUAUCAGUCCUGUUCUUCUUGGUGUGGUUGUAAGUCCAAGACGCUAUUUCACUACGCGAAAGUCACUUCAAAAUGUUAAUAGCUACAGCAACAGUACAUAAGGUUAUCCAUAGUUUAUAGAAAAAUUCAGCUUUGUAUGCAUUCUGCAUUCUCAAAAACAAAUUAGUUUUACUCGAACAAAAGUAUUAAAAGUGAUUUGUUUUCUAGUUCAUUGAACGGGAUCAAAAUUACUAAAAUCAAAGCAACCUUUGCUUUAACUAGGGUGUUGGAACACAAAAAGAAAACUUAUUCUGGAUCUGACUGCAUAAAAAAAGGGAAUACCAAAAGUGGUAUUUAUAAAUUAUCAACAAUUCGCUUGACAGCAACGAAAAUUGCCGGAGUUCCAUUGUAAUCACACCACACAGCAUCGCCGCGCUGAGUUCUCAGCCGGCCUAAGAACUGGUAACUACAUUUUAACGUCACUGCAACUCCAAACUAGACUUUUAACUCAACCUUUCAGGUACCGCUGCAAGCAACGGACCCUCCCAGGCUAACUCAACUUGAAAACUUAACUUGACUUGAUGACAGACCUAACAGAACUGCUUAACUCGAUCUCCUCAAACUAACGUCUCUCAAAAUCAACGCCCUCUCAAAAUCAUCACAGGAUCCAUCCCAUCAACCAAUUACAGAUUCAAAUUCCUCAAUCAAUCAAUCUUGGCCAAUCAGAAAACCAAAAUCAUACUACGCCAAACAUCUAAUUUGACGCCAUGCAAAAUUUCUCCACCAAGACCUCUUAUAAUCGGUAAGCUGUUUUUUCUGGGCUCUCACAGAGAAUGUUAUUCCCACCAAAAAUGCUAAGUCAGUAAUUUUGCACGUGUGCUCUACUGAGCUGUUAUCGCCAAACACUUGUGAGAAAAUAUUAACAAAAUUCAGACUAUAUGUCGAUAAAAACAAUUUACUGAAAGAUUUAUGACUUUUAACUUCUUUGACGGUGAGCUUCCAGGCAAACACUACUUGGACACUCAAAAACAACUACGUCACAUUCUGCGUAACAACAGAUUAUAAAUUUAACAUUCGUGAGAACGUAGAAUCGACAAAACACACAUCUGAAGAAAUAAGAAUUCAUCGAUUCAAUAUACAGGGCGGAACAAAAAAUAACACUAGAGGCGUACUUACGGUCUUAACACAAAAAAAUUAAGGGGUGAUAUUCUAUGACCUUUGUAACCGUUACAAGUUUCCUCAUAAAUUUUUAAAAUUUGGUU